AUGUUUGCGACACGACCUUCGUCUCAAGAGCAGGAACGACGCAGAAACGGCCCCGGUCGUAUUAAUAAAGCUCCUGUUUCGCGUGUAAGCACACAAUAUCCGCCUCGUUUCGAGGGUGCUUGUUUCCGCUGCCGGCCCUUCCGCGCCGUCACCCCGCCCUUCGCCUCGCGCACUCACCGCGCCCUUUAUUGCCCGAGUGGAGCGCAGCCCGAGGCAGCACCGGCCGCCAACUGCACUUUCGAACGGUCUGAAUCCCCGAAGUCUGAAGCACCUAAUAAAAGUCUGGAGCACCGAAUGGCAACCCAGCAGAUAGAAUUUGCAACUCGUGGUUCAGAAAUAUCUGAAAACCAAAUUCUCUACACUGGAUUCUUCAACAAAUCUUCUACAAAAUCUUCAAAAUCUCUUACAAAAUCUUCUACACUGGAGCAGCGUGAGCAACGUUGGAGAGCGGGAUUGACUUGGACAAAAAAUAUGUCUGAUUCUAUUAAAUGCUAUGUUAAUGUCGGCAGUAUAAUGAAUAGCUAG